CAAAAGACACAAGAACUAACAAUAACUACAUAACAUGGCUGAGCAAGCAGUUAAGUAGUUAAUUAGCAGAUAGUAAACUACAUUUAACGAUUUAAAAUGCUAUAGCACAGAGAAAAAUGCCAGGUCAAGAGUUUGAAGAUUUCGUCGCCGGCAAGAAGCCCAACUAUUCCAGGAAGACUGCAAGGAAGCUGAAGAUCAAGUUAGAAAAGCCAAUACGAUAUGACUGGUUCAAGGGAUACAAGUGUGACUUUGAGUAUAUCAUGAGGGAAGAUUGGGGUGCAGAAGAACCUCUGUAUGUGGACGAGUAUCAUGAGAUACAAGCCGAUGUUCUGGUGAACUUCACGAACACUGAGGAGUGCGACAAUGUGCACGAGUGUAUCAGACGCUUGCGGAAGAUGCAGAAAGAUCAUAUGGACGCUGGGGAACCGGACAUCAGGCACAACUUCAUGGUCGGGGGAGACGGACACAUAUACGAGGGGCGCGGAUGGCACACCAAACCCCCUUAUGAUCCGAAAUGGCCGGAUAUCUCCGACUGUAUGAUUAAUAUUGCUUAUAUUGGACAACGAGGAAUGUUUCCCAAGAAGGCCUUGGUUAUGAAGUUAAUAAAUUUUUUAGAAGCGAGCAAACAUGACCCCGGUUGUCUCCAAGAACAUAUAGGCGUAUAUUUAGACUAUUUCGAUGAAGAUACCCCAAUGACUGAUGAAUUGUACAAUUAUCUGCAUACUAAGGAAGGGAACGAGUUGGACGAGAGCGAGUUACCAAAAGAGUAUAGAAAGAUGGACAAACCACCGUGGGAGACUAAGGGUACACAUUGGAAAUAAAAUAUUGGUGAGGUAGCGCCACGGGUCUCGCGCCCAAGUCAAUGCCAUGAGAUCGGAUCCUGGUACCUGCCUCUAUCAGUUCUGUUCAGGGGAUAGCCCAACUCCACG